AUGGAGAGAUGGUUGAUAUAUUUAAAAAGUUUGGAUAAAAUAUUUUGCUUUUGUUGGAAGCUAUUUAAAAAUGAUGGGAUCAGAACCCAAUUGGCACAUGAUGGAGUAAAUGAUUGGAAAAAUGUUGGUGAAAAACUUAAAAUGCAUGAAGCAAGUUGUGAUCACAUCAAUAACAUGAAUAAAUGGAUAGAAAUGGAAUUAAGAUUUGAAAAGAGUAAAAUAAUUGACAAAAGUGUGCAAGAACAAAUCAAUAGAGAUAGAGAACAUUGGAGACAAGUAUUUUUGAGAAUAAUAUAUGUUGUGAAAACUCUUGCUAAGAAUAAUUUAGCAUUUCGUGGGGACAAUGAGAAGAUAUAUCAAGAAAAUAAUGGUAUCUUUUUAAGCAUGAUUCAAAUGAUUGCUGAGUUCGACCCCGUAAUGCAAGAGCAUGUUCGUCGAAUAAAAAGUAAAGAGAUUCAUUAUCAUUAUCUAGGACACAAAAUUCAGAAUGAGUUGAUACUUAUGCUAACGAGCGAGAUAAAAAAAAUAAUUAUUGAGAAACUCAAAAUUUCCAAAUACUUUUCUGUUAUACUUGAUUGCACUUCAGAUACAAGUUACAAAAAACAAAUGUCAAUGAUAUUGAGGUGUGUAGAUAUUUCGACAAGUCUAGUAAAGGUUGAAGAAUUCUUUUUAGGGUUUUUAUUAGUGGAUGAUACAUCAAGUAAGGGGCUUUUUGAAGAAUUGGUGGAUGCUUUGAAUAAUCUAGAACUUGAUAUUGAUAAUAUAAGGGGUCAAGACUAUGAUAAUGAUGAAAUUGACAAUUUUGAAUUCUUACUUGGAAUGAUUAUUUGGUAUGAAGUGUUAAAUAAUGUUAACAGAGUAAGCAAACAAUUGCAAGCAGAAGACAUGCAUAUUGAUGUUGCUAUAAACCAUUUAAAAGCCUCAUUUCAUUUUUCAAAAGUUAUAGAGAAUCUGGUUUUGAAUCGGCCAUGGUUGAUGCUAAAGAGAUUGCAAGUGAAUUAGAA